AUGUCUGCGAGUCAAGAGAGCCGAUCUAGAGACAAUGGCCCUGAAGGCAUGGACCCCGAUGGUGUCAUUGAGAGCAAUUGGAAUGAGAUUGUGGACAGCUUUGAUGACAUGAACUUGUCAGAGUCACUCCUGCGAGGAAUCUAUGCCUACGGUUUUGAGAAGCCCUCCGCCAUCCAGCAGCGAGCCAUCCUCCCUUGUAUCAAGGGUUAUGACGUGAUCGCCCAAGCUCAGUCUGGAACUGGGAAAACGGCCACUUUUGCUAUUUCCAUCCUUCAGCAGAUUGAACUGGACCUGAAGGCCACCCAGGCACUGGUUCUGGCCCCCACGAGAGAGCUGGCUCAGCAGAUCCAGAAGGUGGUGAUGGCCUUGGGGGACUACAUGGGGGCCUCCUGCCACGCCUGUAUAGGCGGGACAAACGUCCGGGCCGAGGUGCAGAAGCUGCAGAUGGAAGCCCCCCAUAUCAUCGUUGGGACCCCCGGCAGGGUUUUUGACAUGCUGAACAGGAGGUAUCUGUCUCCCAAGUUCAUCAAGAUGUUUGUGCUGGAUGAGGCGGACGAGAUGUUGAGCCGGGGUUUCAAGGACCAGAUCUACGACAUAUUCCAGAAGCUGAGUGGAAACACGCAGGUGGUCCUGCUGUCUGCCACCAUGCCCAUGGAUGUCCUGGAAGUCACCAAGAAGUUCAUGAGGGACCCGAUCCGAAUCCUGGUGAAGAAGGAAGAGCUGACCUUGGAGGGUAUCAGGCAGUUCUACAUAAACGUGGAAAGAGAGGAGUGGAAGCUGGACACAUUGUGCGACCUGUACGAGACCCUCACCAUCACCCAAGCGGUCAUCUUUAUCAACACCCGGAGGAAGGUGGACUGGCUCACAGAGAAGAUGCAUGCCAGGGACUUCACCGUCUCAGCCAUGCAUGGAGACAUGGACCAAAAGGAAAGAGAUGUGAUCAUGCGGGAGUUCCGCUCCGGCUCCAGCCGUGUUCUGAUCACUACGGACUUGCUGGCUCGUGGGAUUGACGUGCAGCAGGUGUCCCUUGUUAUCAACUAUGACCUGCCCACCAAUCGUGAGAACUACAUCCACAGGAUUGGCCGAGGGGGCCGUUUCGGGAGGAAAGGUGUGGCGAUCAACAUGGUGACGGAAGAAGACAAGCGCACCCUUCGCGACAUUGAGACGUUCUACAACACCUCCAUCGAGGAGAUGCCCCUGAACGUGGCUGACCUCAUCUGAGCUGCCUCUCGGGGGGGGGGCGG